CCUUUAACUUUCUCUCUCUCACAAACAAAAAGUUAAACACUUUCCAGUUCCCAGACUAAUAAAACCCACAAAGAAAGAUCGUAACUUUGAUUCUUUUUCAUCUUCAACGACCUUGUUUUUCCUCCAAAAAAGCUACAUUUACAGCACAAAAAGCUCAUAAACCUAUGGGAUUUUCCGGCAAACAAAAAAAAUUCGACGGCGAAAUACGCGAAACCGGCGACGGAAAAGAAUGGGUCAUCGCCGGAAUUUCAAUUCGUGCACCGCUGAAGCCUAUACGAGCAAAUCCAGUCACCAAACCCGAGGAAGCGGAGGAUGAGGAGGUUGAGUUUCCGACUACUCCGACAGCGGUUUCUGUCAGAAUUCCGGUGGUUCCGACGUGUCCUCCGCCUCCAAAGAAGCGAAAGCCGACGUUGAAAUGCAGUUACGGCGGCGCUCGUGAGUUCUUCUCUCCGCCGGAUCUUGAGACGGCCUUCAUCCAAAGAGCUUAGCUAGUUACUUUCGAUAGUUCGUAUGUUAAAGUAAUCCGACAAGUUCCAUGUCUCUUCGCACAUCAGACACUUAGGGCAACAUUCUUAACAUCCAAUCUCUGCUACGCUUCGAUCUUUGAAGUUAGUCAAAUUUCACAUAUAUAUGAACUAGAAAAAGGGUUUAGUUGAUUUUCUACUUUGAAUUUAGGGUUUAGUUUUUUUAGAUUUUGACAUUAAUCCAAAGUUUAUUUGAUUUUGGUUUUGUGGUUAGUUUUAUUGGUGUUAAGAAGCUAAUUAAGGGUAGUAAAUAGUAAUGACGGGUGGAAGUUCUAUGUUCAUGUACAGUUUUAGUUUUAAUAGUAUAGUAUUAAAUACA